UGCUAACGUCUAGACAGUUGCAAAAUUGCCACAGCCUUUGCAAAUGGAGUUGAUCUUUGAUAUCAACGUUGGAUACUUCCAUAGUUCAUUGCUGUUUAGGGAUACGGAUGAAGCAUUCAUGAGACAAAUAUCUCUACUCAUGAAACAUGAGAUUUACCUCGCUGGACAGCAGAUCUGGAGUCAGGGGGUGGUCAAAAAUGGCAUGAUGUGCGUUAAGAGGGGCAUCAUUGAGAUGUUGUCUGAUGAAGAUGAUGAAAGCCCUAUGAUUGCUUUUAAAGAAAACACGGUAUUAGGUGAGCUGAGCCUUUUCUACUCUAUACCGUCGAAGGUAACAGUGAAAGCGGCUACGUACGUCGAGCUACAGGUACUACGUCGGACUGACUUCAUGCGAGUGAUAUCUGAAUAUCCCGCUAUGCUGCGUCAUAUUCGUGACAAAAUCAACGACAGGCUGAGCAAAACACGCCGAAGAAAGGAAUCAAUAAUGAAGUACGAUAAAGGGGAUUCGAGGCUCAUUCGAACUCGCUAUCGGCCCAUGAAAGUGCUCAAAGACAAUUUGGUCGGCGCCGAGGAAGAAGACCCGACGUUCGUAGAUGAUUCUCACAUGUAUUACAGAGAUGAAAAUAACGUUCGGUUACCUAAGUUUACGACUGAGUAUUUAGAGCUGUAUGAGGUGACCAGUAAUGUAACCACUAUUGAUGCGCCUCGGAUAUGUCUCAGAUCAAACUUUCCGUGGAUUUUGGAACCUAACACGGAUUUCACGUACAUGUGUGAUUUGGCACAUUUUGUAAUAGUGCUGUACGUAUGUGCGAUGUCUCCCUACUCGGCCAUCACGAACAGGCAGUUCGAGGCGGAGAAGGUCCUUGGAACCAUCGUCACCGCCGGCUUGCUACUCAACCUUUACGUUCAGCUCACAACUGCCAUUAUUGAUAAGAACAUUAGAAAAGAAACAGUAAAAGAAAUAACAGAAGUGAAAAUGUCUUCAUUUGGGUUUUACUUAGACAUCAUAUCUUUGUUUCCCGUGUACAUAUUUACCGAUACAUUGGAUCCUAAUGGUGAAACGGUGGCUGGACAAGCAGCCAAGUUGUUCCCCGUGCUGCAAGUGUGGCAUAUUUGGGAUUAUUUCGUCAAAUGGGAGAAGAAUUUUAACAGUCAUGUAAAGCUCUUGAGUCUAUUGAAGUUUUUCAUUCUGUUCUGCAUAUUUUGCUAUUGGUCUGGCUGUUUUUUGUUUUUGUUCGCGUGUCCAAGAACAUUGUGUCGUCAGAAUUCAUGGAUGUCACUGUUAAUCUACUGGGAGACGAAAGUGUUUAUGACGAAUGAUGCAAAGCACGAGCACCCAAUGAUGUCGUCGUUUGCUUUCGGCACAGCGGUGUUUACUGGCACCGGCACUUCUGAUAUAGCGCCAGGCAUCACAGAUCUGGUUGUGGUAGUACUGUUGUUUACACUUGGAACUUACCUCAGUUGUUUCUACAUAGCUAAAAUUUGCAGUCUCUACUUGCUUUCUACUCAAAGGAAAUUAAAGUUCAAGGAAUCCAUGAGAGAAUUGUUCUACUUCUUGUCGGUGAACCACGUGAGCGGGAAAAUUAAAUCGCGCGUUAAAAAGUUCUUCUGUGUACAAUGGUAUUACAACAAUGCUGUGUCGAGUGAGGAAAUAUUUCAGGACAUGUCGGCGAAUAUUCAACAGGAGGUGUUGUCGAUAGAAAUGGUCGAAACACUGCUGCAUUGUCCGCUUUUCCAGAAGUGCAAUCGCGACUUUCUCCAGACCGUCGCAGCGAACACGAGGACAAUCGUCCUCCCGGACAAUGAGAUAGUCCAACACGCGGCCGACAUCGGCCGAGACAUGUACAUUUUGCAGAAGGGUCAUUGCAAUGUACUAAAUAACUCUGGUAAAGUUGUCACCACUAUUGGACCCGGCAGCCAUUUUGGAGUAGUUGAAAUGCUGUUCGGAUUACCUAAGGUGUACACAGUGCUGACGUCGACAAACUGCAUAUUACUGCACGUGGAGUACACUGCGUUGGUGCAGUGCUGGGGAACAUUCCCGGACAUUAGUCACCCCAUUAUCACGGUAUUAGAGGACGCGGAGUUGCUGACAAAAGCGAGACAUUAUGAAGAGGCGAAACCUUUGACCGGACGGAUCGACGUUAAAAUAAAUAGGAUAGCGCAAGAGAUAAAGGAAAGUUUCGUUAUGUUGAACAGCAGCGAGGAGCGGGAGCAUUACGCGAAAGCGUUCGAAAAGUUAGGAGUUAUGAGACACUUAAGAUAUAUAUUCCUGCCCAUAUCAAUCACACCGCACGGUCUAUUUCUUAAAUUCUGGUGCACACUGAGGUUCUUGGUGGCGAUAUUUUAUGUGCUGACCGUACCCUAUGACAUUGCUACAAAACAACACAAACACGGCCGCGGGUACAACUGGCCAGACAUAUUUCUAUACGUAGACAUAGUGGUAAUGGCGUACGUGGCAUUUUACAACGAAAGGUCUCUGCUCGUCACACACCCUUUAUUGACUAUGUCGCGAUAUUUCAAGCACUCUUUCUUGUAUGAUGUGAUUAGCAUAUUCCCGUUUGAGCAGUUGGUUAGAAUUGUGAAUGAUAAUACAGAUUUAGAUAUGUACAGAAUGAAUCGAAUGCUUCUGGUGUCGAGGAUAACCGGAGCCUUUUCAUUCUGGGAGACCGAUAUAAUGCAGCUGAAUCCAGUUGUUGUGCUGCUAAAGUUUCUGCCGAUCGCAGUCACUCUGGUCAACUUCGCCACAGCGAUUAUUUUCAUUAAUACAUGCGAUCCGUAUAUGUCGCACGAUUCGUAUUACAUAUUGGUGAAUUGUACGAAGGUGUUGGCUGUUUCUAAUAGCAGAUAUGAUGUUAAGUAUGCGGCGUCUGAAUACGCGUACACGUUCUACUGGGUGUAUGAGAUAUUUGUUGGAGUUGGCUGCACGCCUGUGGGUGUGGCAAACAGCGUCGACGUGUGGCUCAUGAUGGCGUUGGAGAUCGUCGGCUUCCUCUACUUCGCUUUCAUGGUGGGAUAUGUGUCUUCCACCAGGUCUGCCGCGGCGCAUGCUCUGCUCGAACACACUGAAAAAACAAGGGAUUUGGCGAACUUUCUGUAUCAGGAAAAUGUGGAUCCAAUUUUGACAUCGAAAACGUUGAAAUAUUUCGAAUAUGUGUGGAAGAGGACUAAUGGCAGUAACCCGCAGCUGAUAUGCCGCCGGCUGAACUCUGCUUUGAUGGAAGACACCUUAGUGUUCAUGUAUGAACGGGCUUUGCGUGAAGUCCCUUUGUUCGGGAAAGUGGAGCGAUCGUUCAUCAGGGUUGUCACGCAGCAUCUCAACGAAAUGUACUUUCUGAAGGGAGACACUGUUAUACAAUGCAAGGAUGUACAGCCUUAUAUUUAUAUUAUAUAUCGAGGGAAGGUGGACGUCCUAACUUCAUACAACGAAAUGAUCACCUGCAUGGGCCCCGGUGGCAUGUUCGGGAAUUUCACCGGCCAACCAAUAUCGUGUUCGGAAGUAACUAUAUACGCCAGCAGAAGUUUAGACUUGCUCGUAAUACCCAGCCAGACUUUCCUCAACCUAGUUAAGUAUUAUCCGAAGAUCCAGGAGCCUUUGAGCAAGGCUUUUGAAGUAUCAAGAGAUUAUAUUUUACCCAUUACUAUGGAUUUCAAUGAUGAAACUUCAUCGGAUGAUUCAGAAGUUGAUAUAAUGUCUUUAGAAUCGGCAUUUGAUUCUAGAAGCGGUUCCAGCAGAUUUGAAUUAACAGGGCAGCUGUCCCUCCGUAGCUCCCAUUCGAACAUGAGCCAAGCGAAGUCGUCGGCCAGCGUGAUGACCUACCAGAGCUACACGCACGCUACUAAUUUGCUGCGGCCCGGCACUCUGUUAUUUCAGACCUUUGGUUAUGUAACAUGUAUAAUUGCGACUACAAACUACGCGACUUGUCUUUACGAGAUGGUUACUUUGAACGAUUGCUACCUUAUAUUCUGGAUGCAAGCCGCUUUUGAUAUAUUUUUCUAUGUGAGAAUAUGCUUGACAAUGCACAAAAGUUACAUCAGCAAACACGGCGAACUUAUAAUGGAUGCAGCGAAGUGUCGCAAGAGAUAUUUCAAACAUAAAAUAUGGGUUUGGACUGACGUGCUGGUCCUGCUACCGCUCGAACUGUUCGCCUUUUGUUCAUCAAAUCCAGUGAGGUUAAUGCAUUAUCUACGCGCAAACAAACUGUUCCGCUUGAAAUAUUUGUUCCAAUUCUAUCGUCAGACAUCUGCUGAGCUCACAAACAAUCUAACUAUUUUACAGUGUGCAAUGACUAUGAUUGUGGUAAUCUUGUUGAUCCACACGUUCACUUGCAUUUGGCUCGUGUCGUUGAUGGCCACGGCCCCCAUAAACAUCAUACGCACGUUGAAAAUACAUUUGGUUGACGAAGAAACACCACAACAUCGCUGGGACUACACCACAUCGUUCUACGUGGUGGUAUCUGUCCUAACAACCACUGGAGGUGAUGAAUUCGUCAUCGAUGAGCUGCUACCGAUGGUGAUUAUGGCCGUAAUCCUUGUGUGUGGUAAGAUGUUGGCAGCCAUCGUGGUUGCCACUUCCACGCAAGUUGCCUACUCCACCAAAUAUGCUUUGAAUACGUACGAGAAGGUUACCAAAGAGUUAAUUGAUAUGUUGAAGAAUCAGGGUUUGUCUGCUUAUCAACUAAAGAAUUUUUGGAAGUAUGUCAAGCAGUUGUGGGUAACUGAGAGAGGGAGACAGUUACCGGCUCUUCUAGCUCAAACGCCUUACGUAAGGCGAUGCGAUCUCAUGUCGGCGAUGUUUGGCCAACAUUUGCGCAAUUGUUACCUAUUCUCUGACACGGGCGAGCCGUUCCUAAGACAGCUCACCGCUGCGCUGGACUUUGCAAUUUAUUUUCCAGGCAACUACGUAGUAGUAGCAGGCGAGAGCGAGGCUCGCAUGCACUGGGUGAACAGUGGUACGGUCUCUGUGGUCUCAGUACGGAGCGACCUUACGGAGACCACACACGAACUCCUCGGUCCAGGCGACGUGUUUGGAAUACUCCAAGGCUUGAACCGAGGAAUUACACAUCAGUUCUCUUAUAGAGCUGAGACUAAGGUUACUAUAAUCUCCUUGAGUUUGGACACUUGGAGUAACAUAACUACAUUCUUCCCGGACGCAAAGAAGAUAAUAACUGACAGAGCUGAAGUAUUAUUUUCUAAAAUUUGAUUGUUUAUCAUAUAUUAAAUAAAUCCUGUGAAAGUCUAUUUCUUGAUGAUAGUUCAAGAACAAUAACUAUUAAACAACAGAUAUUUUUUAUUUAGAGCAUAAUUUUAACCAAUGUAUCCAAUUUAAAAUUCAACUGACGAAUCUUUGGAAACAAAUAAAUGAAGCUG